AGUACCUUACAGACAGAUGCCCUGCAUCACAGUGUGGGAGAGAGCCCAGAGAGUCAGGAGGAGGGAGACAGAGCCCCCAGAAAAUAAGGACGUGGAAACUCUGCAGACCAGUCUGGUCUCCAUCACUUCUACAUCCUCUUCAGUCAUUCUGCCACUGUCCCGUCUGUCCACCUGCUGUCACGGUGGGGUGGGUGCUCAGACACUAUGCUGCUAUUGUUCAUCUCAAUGCUGCUUAUGGGGCUGGGCUGUUCGCAGGGAGCCCCAACAGGUAGAGAAGUCUACAGGAUGCCCCGGAGCGGUCUCAAAGCUCUGUCUGAUCGUGGCACAGUUGUUCUGGAAGCAGCCAUGACUAGCGCCCUGUUUGCCCUUGAGCAUGCGUCGUCAGAUAGAAGUCGGACUGAGGCAGGCUGUCGAGGUUGCGUUCCUUGUUUGUUUCAGAACUGUGGACGGCUGUCAGCAUCCUGCUCAUCACCUUCUGGUGCCUCGUCAGAGCCCAGCUGUGAUGUGAUCAGUAAGGCUCAGAAGAUUCAAGGUGAGGCUGAGCGGAGCUGGGCUCUGAGUCAGGCCUGUGGGUACUAUCGGCAUCGCUGUCUGCCAGGUGAGCUGAACACUGAGAGCUGCAUAAGGAUCAUGGGUGAGAGCUGCAGUGCCCGCGUCCUCCAGUGCAGCCUGCUUAACACAAUGCAGAACCUGGAACCUGAUAUGCAGUCACAUGCACAAGCAGUGUGCGGUCAGAGGUCAUCCAGAGUGCAGAACAUCACACAGCCACGCUCGAGGAUUGUGGGUGGCUCCCCUGCUCCUCUGGGCAGCUGGCCCUGGCUGGUGAACCUGCAACUAAAUGGGGAACUGAUGUGUGGAGGGGUCUUGGUGGACAGCUCCUGGGUGGUGACUGCUGCACAUUGUUUUGCUGGCAGCCGCGGCGAGAGCUAUUGGACAGCUGUGGUAGGCGAGUUUGACAUCUCCAAGAAAGACCCUGAUGAGCAGGUUCUUAAAGUGAACCGUAUCAUCCCCCAUCCUAAGUUUAAUCCAAAGACGUUUAACAACGACAUAGCCCUGGUGGAACUGACAUCCCCAGUAGUAUUGUCUGAACAUGUGACACCAGUGUGUCUUCCUUCUGAUGUGGACCCCCCAACGGGCAGCCCGUGUCUUGUGGCAGGCUGGGGGUCCCUCUUUGAAGAUGGGCCUUCUGCUGACAUGGUGAUGGAGGCCAAGGUUCCCCUGCUUCCUCAGAGCACCUGUAAGAGUGCUCUCGGUAAAGAACUGGUCACCAACACUAUGCUUUGUGCCGGCUAUCUCUCUGGAGGGAUAGACUCCUGUCAGGGGGACUCUGGAGGCCCCCUAAUCUACCAGGACAGAAUUUCAGGUCGCUUCCAGCUCUUUGGUAUCACCUCCUGGGGUGACGGCUGUGGAGAAAAAGGCAAACCUGGAGUAUACACAAGGGUGUCUGCUUUCUCUGACUGGAUUCAGACUGAGAUACAGAAAUCAUCAGGAAGCAGGGAGCCAACAUGUCCAGAACUGCUGAAAACCACAGACAUGACAGAGGCAGAGCAGAGGUCUGAGUUUAACUCUCUCUGUCACUUCUACACACUGACUUGUCCUCCUAGUCAGUCUACCGGUGCUUGCAGUAGAGUGGCUGAGGACAAAUGCCUCAUCCGAUUCAAGAAAUGCCAGUUACGGUCAUUCCUUCAAACCCUGUUAGACUUGCUCCAGAGGGCUGAAGACUACAUCAGGGAUAAAAUGGACUUGGCUUUCUUUACUCAGACUCUCCCUCAGCUUGUGGAGCACAUAUACAGUGCAGCUUUUACCCACAACAGAGAGAAGAGAGACCUCGGUCUGAGCUAUGGCCUCACUCAGAUUAAAGAACAGCUAGGCGGAGCUGUGAUACCAGAGGAUCAAGCAAAGCAGGAUCCCUCUCAUGCUCCACCAGCUUUAUUUAGACAUGUUGGUCCUUCAGUGGAUGAAUGGGAGGAAUACCUGAGAAACAUUGCUGAUGACAUAGAUGAACACCACCAGACUGGAAUUACAGACAUUUCUUCCAUAACAAAAACUAAUGAGGAAAAGCUUUUUCUACAGACACAGGAUUCUUUGGUGCAACAACUGGCUGGACAUUAUCAGUUUGUUAUUUCAGGUCUUCACUCCAAACUGGACUCCAGAGCAGCUCCUCCUCGUCUGCACUUGGAUGCAGCCUAUCUUGAAGAGGGCUGUCCUAAGAGUCCUUCUUUGAUCGGCCACACUGCUCCAUCGUCCUUGUCCCAAAAACCCCAGGAACCCUGGUCCCUUCUGUCAGUCUUGAUGGGUGAACUUAGAAGAACAAGAACACAAGAACAGACUGUGGACGAUGGCACAUCGCAAAGUGAAACUUCCUUCAGUAGAGAUGUUUCUGCUAAAUGGAGCACCACAUCAGAGGACUUCACAUUUGAUGGAAAUGGGGAUGGAGAAGAAUUAAAACCUUCAGCAGCAGCUCUUCGGGAUCGGUUUACACCUGCUGUCCAGAAAGUUUUUGAGAGUGCUCACACAAAAACCUCUGACCUCAAACGUGAUGGAACCUUAUUAGGUCAAAGAAGAACCAGGAGCGUUCUUCAAAAGAGGCAGAUUCCUGGUACAGUUUGUCCUGGACUGAGAGAGUCUUCCCAACAAGUUAGUGAAAUUCAAGAGUCCUACAACUGGAUCCUAAACAUUCCAAGCAACAGUCUGCAAAUGAACUUCCAAGAGGUUUUAGUUGAUCUGACCUCCAAGAACGAUCGAGGACUUUACCAGGCGCGGAUCAGAGCUGUAGUGGCAGGACGACCCUUGACCUUCUACAGUCUCGUGGGUCUUGAGAAUGAAUCAUUCUACCGCAGCAUGCCGAGGAUCAUCGCCGUGGCUCUUGACACCCUCAAAACAUAACUUUGAUUAUCAGGAGUUCAAAAGAUAAAAGACCAGUUUGGAAGAUUUUCCUCGGCAGAAGAUGGUCAUCAUAUUUUUAAUUGGGGAGCCUGACUUUGACUGUCGAAGCAAACAUGAAUGUACCCGUUGAAGUGUUGACUGUGACACACUUUUCUACUGUACCACAUUUAUUAGCCCCUUGAUAACAAUGUGCAAAAACCCUAAAACUAAAUUAAUCUUUUAUUACAGUAACAAAAUUUCAAACAGGUUUUAUUUUAAUACAAUAUCUAAUUUGACUUAUUUUAAAUAGUGGGAAAAAUAACUAUCAUCAGUAGCACAAUAAUCUCUCACAGCACAAGCUCUUUUUAAAAUGUAAUUCUUGGGAUUGUGUUUACCAUGGAAAAUGGUUUAUUUUCUGUUGAUCUGGCUACAUGUUUUAAAACAAUAUCCUAUUACCCUAUUACAAACUAUGUCCAGUUCAGUGUACUUAAAUCUUACAUUUUUCAGAGGAAAAUUGUUGCACUGGAAUAAACCAUUAUUUUUUUUUAGGACUUUUCACACAUCUUUACCAGGGGUGUCAAUAAAUGCCAGCACAGUAUGUGUUUAUAGAUUCAGCAUUGUUUAAAUUAUACAUUUGCAUAAAAAAAUAAGUUAUUCCUCGUGUAUUUUACAAAGGUUGAGCCUCUUGUGAAGCACACAGAUUGUAUAUAUUAUGCAUACUAUCUUUAUCCCUAAAAUAUUUAUUUGUAUUGAGAAAGUUGUAUUUUUUUAAUAAAAAAGUAUUUGUACCUAA